AUGGCUAUCGAAACCUCUCCACCACUGUACACGGUCAAGAUCGUGUUCCACCGCGCCUACUCGCUCCCCAUCGCAGACCUUCCCUCUCGCAGCUCUGAUCCCUUUAUCAGCGCCGAGAUCCGACCUGCGCCUCCGACGUCACAGGAAGCUGAAGAGGAUUCGUCGUUCUCACUCUCCAAGCUCUCAUUGUCGAGCUCGCCGAGGAGAAAGUCGUUCACGCCAGACCUCGCCCCGCCGUCAUCUUCCCCGCGGCGAGCUAGCUUUGGACGCGAGCUCGCGCCGCCAUCGGCGCCCUCCCCUCGCCGGGCGAGCUUCACCCGGGACUUCCUCCGGACAACCUCGGCAGAGUCCGAUGGCGUCGAGGGCAUGACUGAGGGUGACCCGCCCCUCCGUUUCCGAACAUGUACGGUGCAGCGCAGCCUGAACCCGGAGUGGGAGAGCGAGUGGAUCGUCGCCGGCGUGCCGAGCAAUGCUCUAAUCGAGGCUCGGGUUUACGACGAGGACAGCUGGAAGGAGAAAGACGAUUUGCUUGGGACCGCCUUCAUCCCGCUCAUUCUGAACGACCACAGCUCGAGUGAGUGGAUGUCGUACAAGCUGAGCAAGAGCGGGGCGGACCCCGUUGCGCUCGGCAUUAAGGCUGUCGUCGGCGCCUUCGAUCGGGAGGCGCGGCAGGGAGCCUCCCUCGCCGUCAGCGUGCGCGUGCUCGGACGCACGAAGCGCAACAUCGGUCGCAUGUACACCAUCAACUCGCACUGGUGGAUUCACUACUCGCCCCUCGUCGGCAGUAUCACCAACACGAAGACGCCAGGGCAGCUCGGCGACGCCUCGGAGCGGGAGCACUAUGAGUGA